AUGUCGAAUUCUCCCACCGUGCAUUCGAGCUCGAGGUAUCAGGCCUCAUCCAGCGAAAAUGUGGGUCCUGCUCGUAGGACGACGUAUGCGUCGCAGGGCUCUCGACAGCGUCGCGCAUCAUUGGCAACUGCGCCUCCCUCGCAGCCCUCGCAGCUCCGGCCGACGCAGCAGCAGCAUUCAUCUUCCAAUCACAUACAUACUGCGAACUCGCCGCGCUCGACGCGCGCCGCCAGGAGCUCACACGUGCCGCAACCUUUUACGGCCGUGCGCUCUGAGCGUACACCCGCUGCUCCGGUCGCAUCUACUCAGCCUCCUGCAUCUCGUCAACAACAAGGCACCACGACCUCCGAGCUGAGCCCACCCGUUAAGGCGGCCUUAGACGGGGAGGGCGGUGUCUUGGUCGACCAGGACUUCACCAUCGACCGCACGACGGGCAUUUGCUCUGUCUCCUUGAUGUCCUCGUGGGAGACGGUGCGAAGGAUAGCGGUCACGAGGCCCAUCACGGUCAGCGACCUUUACCAGGUUCUGCAGCGCGCCACGAACCUUGAGUAUGCAUACUUUGAAUGUAUAAUUCAAGAUGCCCAGCCCAGCGACAUCUACGGGACAGAGUUCACCGCUAAGCACCUCAAGUCACUGAUAAUCGCUUGUGCUGAAGUGCCCGUGUCGGCCAUAUUUCACGAUCUUCGGGUCAAGCGCCUGGAGGCUCUACAAGUACGCUAUGCGCCUGGCGGAGGGUACAAUCUAUGGUCCGACGAAGUAUACUUGGCGCUUUUCCUCCAGAGGGCGCAAUUAGCCAAAGAUGGCGCGAUUUGCAUUGCAUCGAACGAGACAUGGUAUCGAGAUCAGAGGGCUGCAGCGCUGCUGAGUUCCCUGAAGGUGGCUGUGGGCAGGGCCAGCCAACAAUGGCGUAUCUUCGUAACCUAG